AUGUCAGCCCUUCAGCAGGUGAUCUUGCACCCUUACCUCUCGCAGCUGCUGCGAUUCUGGUCGACCACCGUCGGUAGGGACAAGACCUACCGUACCAUCCAGUAUGCAGCUCGAUUUCUCGCGUGGUACGAGUACCGCAAGGGCGCUACCAAAGAGACUGUGGCUCGUCUGACCGCUCUCAAGUCGCAGCUUGGUCUCAGCCGUAAACUCAUGCGUGUCGGAAAGUUCCUCGAGCACUUCCAGGCCGCUCUCAAGGCCACCACCAUCCAGGACCCUGUCGUCUCGUACGCUGCCAUUGGUCGACAGCUUGGCUAUGGAUUCUAUCUCAUCCUCGACACACUUCAAUGGAUCCACGGCGCCAAGGUCUACACGUUCGAAAAAGCAACUGCCGACAAGAUCUCGAAGAACGCGGCUCGAUUCUGGCUGCUCGGUCUCACUUUCUCGCUCGCUUCGGGAAGCUACAAGACCUACGUUCUCCAACAACGCGCUGCCAGCGCCAAGCGUCCUCGAGCUACCGCAGAGAAGGAAGCAGAGCGCAAGAUUGAGAUCGCGCAAAUCUCGACCGAACAGGCGGCGGUUCGAUACCAGAUGACGCAGGACGCGCUCGACUGGUUGAUCCCUGCUACUGGCGCCGACAUUCUUGGCCUCGACGAGGGAAUCUUGGGCCUAGCCGGUUGCGCCUCCUCUAUCAUGGGCGCUCGCACCCAGUGGAGGGCGGUCAACGGCUCCGUAGCCAAGUCCAAGUAA